CCAUCGAACACGAAAACCUCCCUUAACCCCCCCACACCCUAAACUCGGCCCCUCUUUUUGCAGUCACCGGUUAUGGCUACGUUAAUCCACCGUACACUAUCCCAUUCCCACAAAACCCUUCAUCUCCGUUUCUUCUCUCAAGCCGCUCUUGCUUUAGACCAAUCAUCUUCACCAUCUCCAUUAACCUACCUUGAAGGGUUCCCCAAACCUGACCCUAAAUACGCCGAGACUAUUCUCGCCAUUCCACGUUCUACCUCCGGCAAAAACAUCUCUGCCAAAGAAAGGAAAGUGGGUCGAGUCCCAAGCAUCGUUUUCGAACAAGAAGAUGGUCAACAUGGAGGCAAUAAGAGACUCAUAUCUGUUCAAACUAAUCAGAUCAGAAAACUGGUUAAGCAUCUGGGUCAAUCGUUUUUUCUCUCUAGGCUUUUUGAUCUUGAAGUUCGAUCGGAGUUUGGGACUGGUGAUUUGAUUGAAAAAGUUCGGGUUCUUCCUAGAAUGCUUCAUUUGCAUGCGGGGACUGAUGCACCUCUUAAUGUAACCUUCAUACGGGCACCUUCCAAUGCUUUGCUGAAAGUGGAUAUUCCUCUUGUGUUUAGAGGAGAAGAUGUAUGCCCUGGAAUAAGGAAAGGGUUGUUCUUGAAUACUAUCAAGAGAACCGUUAAGUUCCUAUGCCCGCCAGACAUUAUUCCUCCAUAUAUUGAUGUUGAUUUAAGCGAGUUGGAUGGUGGUCAGAAGUUAUUAGUAGGAGACCUCAAGGUUCAUCCUGCUCUAAAGUUUCUUCGGUCGAAAGACGAGCCAGUUUGUAAGAUUAUGGGAGCUAGAGUUUCGGACCAACAAAGGAAGAAAUAAGGACUCGGAUUCGGAUUUUGGAAAGCCUAGUAUUAAUAAUAUUUACCUCCGCUUUUUGAACUGGGCAUUGAGUGAGCUUAAAAUCAAUGCUCUCAUCUUUAUCAUUGUUAAUGUCCCUUUGUAGCUUUUUAAUACCAGUGGAGGACCAAGCAUUGCAAUGGAGUGACUUGAGGAUUGAAAUUUUGCAAAAAGUGAAAUCCUUUUGCAUUAUAUGCCCCUUUGAAUUUGUUGUUUUUAUUCCAUUUACUCAGGUAAGCACUUCCAAUUGAACUGUAGUUCUUAGAAACGAUGAUUUAGGGUCUAUUUAUAAGGUACUUGAAAUUGGUGUUUAAAUUUUAAAUGUGUACUUUAUUAUAAAAUUAUUGAAGGUUCAUGAUA